GUUCAUAUCCUGUGUUGCCAAAUGGCAAAUACUUAUUGAUCGACGAAAUAUAGUCAAAUAACAAUUGGUGAAUACUCAAUAGUAAAUAAUAGCUUUUUAGCCUAAAAUGUGAAUUGGUCAAAUUGUUCUAUUUAUUUAACUCGAAAACUUUAAUUUGAAAUGUCUAAAUCUCGAGGAAAUGAUAGUUGGAAUAAAAUUCAAAACCCAAAAGCUAGAGGAUGGAGCGGAGGCAAGCAAUCUGGCCAUCGCAGACCUCCUGGAUUAAAAGGGAAAGAAAUUGGACUUUAUUACAGAAGUCUGCAGAAAAAUCAUAACAAAAAGGACAGAAAAGUGAUGAAACUCAAAAUUCCAUCUGCUGUACUAACAGAUGUUGAUAACAAUUUAAAAAUUAUAGAAGAUAUUGCAGCUAGAGAAAAUAUAUCAAUAGCAAGCAUGAAUGAUAUAUUAUUUCAAAACGUUGAAAUCCCAAAGAGAGAAAAAGUUAAAAGGAAAGAAUGUGAUUCAUAUAUGGACAGUGAAAAUGAUGGUGAUGAUAUUGUAAUUAAAGACAAAAAAAGAAAAGAUGUUGUAGAAAACUUAAAUAUAUCUUUUAAGAAUUAUCAAUCUGCUGCCACAGUUGAAUAUAAAAAUAGCAAUAAACUUAUCAAUAAUGAUGAAUUAAUAAAGGAUGAACAUAAGAUGGAUAGGAAUAAAAUGCCAGUUAAGUCUCACGAAGAAACAAGAGAAGAAAUGUCAGAAAAUACUAACACAUCAAGUAGAUCAGAUUUUCUCCCAGUUGAAACGGGAGGUGUGUCAAGUAAAGAAACACCAGCAUUUAAACCUAGCUGUGAGAAAGUUCAUGCAUUAAGACAACAAAAGCAUUUUAAAUAUGGAUAUGAAGACAUUAUUACUGGAACUUUUCAGGAAAAAUUAGAUGAAAAUCUCUCAAAGGGAAUUCAAAUAUUAACAUCAAAUGCAGAAACAUAUAAUCUUAAUGAGUUAUUACAUACAGAAUAUAAUAAUAUGUUGUCACUUUCUGCAUAUAAGAAGAUGUUGGAGUUUCGUAAAAUUUUACCUGCUUUUAAAAAGCGGGAACAUAUUUUAGAUGUUAUUGAUAAAAAUCAAGUCAUUGUCAUCAGUGGUGAAACUGGAUGUGGAAAGUCAACUCAGAUACCUCAAUUAAUUCUUGAUCAGGCUAUAACUAUCAAAAAAGGUGCCAAUACAAGAAUUCUAGUCACGCAACCAAGAAGGAUAGCAGCAUCAUCUCUUGCAAUGAGAGUUGCUAAUGAGAGAGCUGAAAGGCUCGGAGCUUCAGUAGGAUAUAGUGUAAGAUUAGAAACAGUGGAAUCAAGGCCUAGAGGGAGUAUCAUGUAUUGUACUACUGGUGUUCUCUUAGUAGAACUAGAAGUUAAUCAAGCAUUAACAAACUUCAGCCACAUAAUAUUGGAUGAAGUCCAUGAAAGAGAUACUCACAUAGAUUUAGCUAUGUGCAUGUUAAAACAGAUUUUAAGAAAACGCAAAGAUCUGAGGCUUAUUUUGAUGAGUGCAACGCUGGAUGCAGAUGUACUUUCUAAGUACUUUGACGAUUGUCCAGUCGUUCACAUUGAAGGCCUUGCGUACCCCGUUGAAGAUGUCUAUCUAGAAGAUGUCCUAAAAUUCACCAACUUUAAAUUGGAAGAAGAUAAUCCAAAACCUAAUGUCCCUGUAUGGAUGAAAUAUAGGAAUAAGGGUAAAACAUUCGUCGAGCCAGAUGAAAUGCGGAAAGAUAUACAAUAUAAGGCAGAAAUUGCGCCAUGGCUCGAGUCAGUUAAAAAGGAUUUGACCCCUCAUGUCUACAAAACACUGCAAGAUUCACGAAUAGAAAAAUUAAACAUUGAUCUCAUACUUGACCUGCUAAUUUAUAUCUGUAAAGGAAAGCCGGGAGCAAUAUUAGUAUUUCUACCAGGAAUGGGAGAAAUUGGCAAGCUGAUAAAAUUAAUGGAAACUAGCAAUCACUUUCCGAGUUCGAGAUACGAAAUAUAUCCCUUGCAUUCAAAAUUAGCUACAUUAGAACAACACAAAAUAUUUGAUAGACCCCAGGAUGGUGUACGAAAAAUUAUAAUCGCGACUAACAUUGCUGAGACGUCCAUAACAAUUGAUGAUAUUGUUUAUGUCAUAGACUGUGGUCGAAUUAAAAUAAGCGGAUUAAACGUUGUUCAAAAUAUAUCCACCUUGAAAAUAGAGUGGGUUGCGAAAGCUAAUUUGCGGCAAAGACGUGGUCGUGCCGGUCGCUGCCAGCCCGGUAUCUGCUAUCACCUAUUAACUUCAUAUCGUGCCAAUCAGCUCCCUGACCGACUGUUACCAGAACUGCAGAGAAGUAACCUCUUAGAACCAGUAUUGAUGGUAAAGAAAUUGCGUCUCGGUAUGGCCGUGGAAGCUUUUGAAAUGGUGCCAUCACCACCAGCUAAAAGCACUGUUGAAUGGGCUGUGAGACAUUUACAAAAGUGUGGAGCGUUAGAUGACAAGGAAACUUUAACUCCGCUUGGCUGGCACUUGGCCCGGCUGCCGAUACACCCCGCGGCGGGGAAGUUGCUGUUGCUAGGGGCACUAUUCGGCUGUCUCGAUAGGGCCGCCAGUGUUGCCGCUGUGUGGAGUUUUAAAGACCCCUUCGUACUUGUACUCGGCAAGGAGUUCGAAAUGAAACAGAUAAAACGAUCGUUGGCUUUAGGCGAGCCGAGCGACCAUGUAGCCAUAUCCGAGGCCAUAAUGCAAUGGGAAAACCUUCCAAGCAGAGAGAAACGCUCAUUUGCGUAUGAAAACUUUCUAUCGAACAAUACAUUGGAACUUCUCCGGGAUAUGAAGAGACAAUUGGGAGAUAAUUUGAAGCAAAUGGGCUUCUUGGCCAACGGCGAUGUACGGUCAGAGUGGGAGAAUCGUAAUUGGAAUAAUAUCAGUCUUUUCAAAGCAAUAGUUGCUGCAGCAUUGUAUCCAAAUUUAGCACAAGUUCAUUGGCGUAAUUUGAAAAGUUACAAAAGGCCUGCAAAGAUAACAGUAUACUGUCCAGAUGAUGGCAAGGUGAAGGUACACCCCAGCAGUGUAAUGACGCAACAAACAUCGAGAAAACAUGCCCCUUCUAAGGAACAGCUUUGCAAUAAUCCUGGUGCAAACUGGCUUGUAUACUGGCUCAAACAGAAAUCCAGUGAUUUAUUCCUUAUAGAAGUUACUCUUGUUUACACGCUACCGCUACUUUUCUUUGGAGAGUUUUUCGUUCAAGAAGAUCCCGAAAAUUCGGACAACUGUUUUAUGACAAUGUCAAAUAUAAAUGUGCAGUGCGAUAAAAACACCACUAACAGAAUCCUGAAACUUCGCUAUUUGCUGGAUAAAGUUUUAGCUAACAAAAUUAUGACUACAACUACGAAUUCUGUUAAGCAUAGUGAAUUUGAAGAACAGGUUUUAAAUGCUGUGAUACAGCUUAUAACUGCAGAAGAUGAACAGGCUGACUAUUACGAUGACGGUUCCGUAUCGGAUACCUCGGACAAUGAUUACAGUGCUCCAUAUUAAAAUAAUAAAUUAUUGAAUU